CCGAUGUCCCACUCUUCCGUCCAUUUCACUUCGAGCAAUGAACCCGUCUCUUCCAUCUUCCAACCUAACUUUCCCCAAGUUUCAGCCCUCAAACCCUAACCCUAAUUUCUCUCUUCCCGAUUCUCGUGAGCCUCCUCUGGACUUGUCUUCUUCUCUUUCCUCCCUCAGAAACCUCAUCCAUGUCGCCAACCAGACCCUUCAAUCUCUCUCCUACCUCACCCUCAUUCAAACCCCAUCUGCUAAGCCUGACGAUUCCGGUUUCGUUCAGUGCAAUUUUGAUCGGCGCCACCGUGUUCCGCCGCAUUCUCUCUUCCACCACUCCCUCCUUUGCCCUUCCGCUCCUCCUCCUCGUAUCGACCCGACCCAACUCCUCCAGUCCUUGCUUUACCCCCGAACGCUUCAAUCGUCUCGUGAGUUGGUUAACGAAAAGCGCUUCCGUCAAACGAUGCCGGAUUCUGAUGCCGACCUUUGUUUCUCUCUCAAUGAUUAUUCUGAUGGAAGUUCCAAUUUCUUCUAUCUCGAUUGCCCUGGCGUGGUUGCCUUGUCUAACCGGGAUGAAAUGUCUAAAGUCUUCACUCUCCCUCGUGUUUUGGCUGUUGAAUGUGCUAAUUUUGUUUGUGAUGAUGAUGGUGAUCGAGAGAUGAAGAGUUCGUUGAAGGGGAUUCGAAUGCUGCCCUCUGAUCUGUGGGCUCUUAGAGGUGAAGUAGAAAUGUGGAAUGACUACCCCAGUGUGUAUUCGCAUAUUGUUAUACGGUCCAUAUUGGGCUCAGAGAUGGCCGUGGACAACCGUUUGAAGACAUGGAUCAUUGCAAAUUCUCCUCGGUAUGGUGUUAUUAUUGAUGUUGCUAUGAGGGAUCACAUAUUUUUGCUGUUUAGGCUGUGUUUUAUGGCAAUUUCAAAGGAAGCUAUGGGAUUUCAAAUUGCGCUGGAAAAUGGAAAUGGAAUGGAGGGUGGAUCAGGGAACCUCAGUUUUAAGUGUCCGAUUUUAGUGCAAGUACUAUUGUGGCUGGCAUCUCAGCUCUCCGUAUUGUAUGGGGAGAUGAGCGGGAAGUUCUUUGCUAUUAACAUGCUUAGACAACGUAUACUAUAUGCUGCAUCGGGCUUGUCGCUUUUGCCAUACGAACAAAAGCGAGUGGAGAGUCCAACUUUGGUAGAGGGCUCUCAUAAUCUAGUAUCUAGUUGUAGCGACACACAGAGUGUGAAUUUGAAAAAGUUGGAUAUGAAGGUUAUAAAUAAUGUCUAUGUUACUGGAGAAGAAACGGUCAACUGCAGGGUGAUUUUUGUGUCCCAAGUCGCUGCGGCUGUUGCAGCAUUGCAUGAGCGUUUCCUACUUGAAGAAAAGAUCAAAGCUUUACGUUUUUCUCAUCUGCAAACUAAACAUCAGCUGGUUUCUGAACAUAACUAUAUCUCUCAAAGAGCUUGUGAAGAGCGUAAAAGACGGUGCAGCUAUAGACCUAUAAUUGAGCAUGAUGGACUCCCAAAGCAGCAGUCUCAUGAUGAGCAGGAUAGAGACAAGACCAAAACAAAAGAGGAAUUGUUGGCUGAAGAAAGGGAUUAUAAACGUCGAAGAAUGUCAUACCGUGGGAAAAAGGCAAAGCGAUCAACUUUACAGGUUACAAGAGAUAUUAUUGAAGAAUACAUGGACGAAAUUAUGAAAGCUGGAGGGAUUGGAUACUUUGUGAAGGGAACUGAAGAGAGAGGGAUAAAAUCUGAACAACCAACUGAUCAUUACAUUACAAGAGAUAGUAUUGCUGAUGGGCACACAAAAGGAAGCAACAGCUCAUAUGGAGAAACUAGGCAUCAUAGCUCAAGUCAUUCCCGGAAGCAGUCUAACUAUGAUAACAGAUAUUCAGCAUCCGAAAAGCCCCCAAAAGGUAGGUGUGGGCACUAUGGUUCUCCAGAAGAUGAAAGGAAAGGUGUCAGUAAAGACAAAUAUGAUCGAGAACACUAUCAUAGAUUCUCAAAUCGAAGCAGUAGUCCUAGCCAGUCACACAAAUGGAAGAGAUAUCCAAGUGAUCGAGAUGAUGAGGAGCCAGCAGAAACCAGGCAUCAUAAAUCUCGAGGACUGUCUUCUAGCAGCUCUAAUUAUCAUGGUUUUAGAUCAUCUUCAUCCUCAAGAUCGGGGGGCAAUUCUAGUGCAAGGAAGGAUGAUCAUAAAUUAAGAGCUAGUGAUAGUUGGAAAAGGAACACAGCUGAUAAUCAUAGUUCAGAUUCUUUGGUGCUUAAUUCAUUUAAUGAUAGAUAUACCCCUUCCAAGUGUCAUGACCAAUUGGAAGAUGAUCACUCCGCUGGCAGAAGAUAUGUAAAUCCAGACGAACUUUAGUUUGCUGAUCCUCAAAUGAGGGGCUGUCCCGCAAAUUGUGCCAUACUUUUUAACAUUACCAAUGUCUACCUUGUGCAUAUGGGCUUCAGAAAUUUUAUCCUCACAUGUAUCCUUCAUAGUAUCCUUGAAGUUUAUCCCAUUUUCUUAUACAUUAAAUCUUGCAUAACUUUUUCUUUCCUUGUUUUUUUUUUGUCCCCUUAGCAGGGAUAUUUGCCCUGAAUGUUGCAGUAGCAUAAUUUGAACUCAUCGUCACUGUAUCAAAAAUGCCAAUUUUACAUCAUCCUUUUCUGUUCUGGGGUUUUCUAAUAUUUCUGGACUAGUCACAAUGACAGAUAAACAAAGUGGUCGUAUUGGCGUGGAUUUUCCAUGUCGUACGAUUGUUUCUUAAUGUCCUCAUUUGCUAUGGUUUCCACUACUCUGGGAAAUGUUUUGGUGUUGCAUAACUUGUCCUUUUCCUGUUCUCUUCAGUCAUGAUUGGUAUCGGUCGUUUAAAGUUUUACAACGACAUUUUAUAAAUAAUAAUAAUUAAAAAAAAUAUCAUUGAGUAGACCAAAGUUGUUCUCAGUUGAAGAAUUCCUAGUUCAAGAAACUGAGAUGAGGUAGUAUGAGCGUGGUAGAGUUUCAAUAUGCAUGUUGAUGAUUUCACUUCAAAAACUUACAUGUAGGUCAUUAUAAAACGGAACACACCAUUAAUCUAGCAUCUUAACAAACAUUUUACACUACUACACUGCUUGAAUUCAACCUUUUUCUUGAUCUUAUAUUAGUUCUAACUAUUGUAUUACCUUUAGUGUUCUACCAACAGCUCACAAGAUCAGAGAAGUAUGAAGGCAGUCUGCAAAUAAACUUGAUCAGAAACCACAAUCCACAGAGUUUCAGAUCAUCGGUUGCAGGCCGUUCCAUCCUACAUCAUGCUGCUAAUUAGCUUCUUAUCAAUUAUAGAAGGUAUGAAUUCUGACUCGCUGGUAUAUUUUUCUCCUUUUGGGCAGCCCAUGUGAAUAUUUAGAUA